AUGAUAACGUUAACUUUAUAUUUAAAAAUUACUGCAUUCCUUCUUUUAAUUUGGAUGUAUCAAUGUUUUUAUAACUGUGAUUCCUAUAAAUCUUUGAUUGAUAAAAAUAUAUUGCAAACAAAAAAUAAGUUAAAAUAUGAAAGAGUAUUAACAGAGGGAGACAUAGUAGGUAAUAAGCAAACAAACGAUAAAGGAUGUCUAGAAGAGUGUCCAUUAGAUAAUGAAAAAAACAAUUGGGAAAAUCCGGUUCAAAACGAGAAUCCGUGCGAUCGAUGGAAGAGAAAAACUAAUCCGUUAUUCAGGAAAAUAUUUAAUAAAAAAACAAGUGAAAUGGACCCUGAAUGGAGAGACCAAAAAUGGAAUAAUGAAUGGAAUAAAAUUUCAGCUAACAAGGUUAAUGAACUAUCUUCAAUAUUUUAUAGAAGUGAUAUAUCAGAAGAAGAAAAAAAAAAAUUAAUUCGUAAUGUUAAGGAUGAACUCGACAUGGAAUUUUGGACAUUUUUAGAUGAAUGUAAGAAAGAGAUGAGAGACAAUAAAACAGAAUCCGAAUCUAAGAAAGAGAUGAUAGACAAUAAAACAGAAUCCGAAUCUAUGAAAGAGACAAUAGAUAAUAAAACAGAAUCCGAAUCUAUGAAAGAGACAAUAGAUAAUAAAACAGAAUCCGAAUCUAUGAAAGAGACAAUAGAUAAUAAAACAGAAUCCGAAUCUAUGAAAGAGACAAUAGAUAAUAAAAUAGAAUCCGAAUCUAAGAAAGAGAUGAUAGACAAUAAAACAGAAUCCGAAUCUAUGAAAGAGACAAUAGAUAAUAAAACAGAAUCCGAAUCUAUGAAAGAGACAAUAGAUAAUAAAACAGAAUCCGAAUCUAUGAAAGAGACAAUAGAUAAUAAAACAGAAUCCGAAUCUAUGAAAGAGACAAUAGAUAAUAAAACAGAAUCCGAAUCUAUGAAAGAGACAAUAGAUAAUAAAACAGAAUCCGAAUCUAUGAAAGAGACAAUAGAUAAUAAAACAGAAUCCGAAUCUAUGAAAGAGACAAUAGAUAAUAAAACAGAAUCCGAAUCUAUGAAAGAGACAAUAGAUAAUAAAACAGAAUCCGAAUCUAUGAAAGAGUUGAUAGACAGUAAAACAGAAUCUGAAUCUAAAAAAGAGAUGAGAGAAAAUAGAACAGAAUCCGAAUCUACGAAAGAGAUGAGAGACAAUAAAAAAGAAUCCGAAUCUACGAAAGAGAAGGGAACAAAUGAAAUAAAAAAUUAUAAAAAAAAAAUUUCGAAAUUGAUUAUUGUUUUGAUAUUCUUAAGGAGAAUAGAAUAUAAUGGUUUAACAGAGAAUAUAGGAGGGGUCAUGCACAAGAUCUAG